GAAAGCGGCGCCGCCCGCCGGCCGCUAGCGCGGAUGAAGCCGGGCGUUCUCCACCCCCUCCCUUUAGGGUCCCCCGAAGAAAGCGGGCAAGCUUCGUGCAGCUGCGCUGCGCUUCCUUCCGUGUCUGUUCCCCAAAUAAGGGCUUCGGUCCCCCGCCGCCCGCGCACCCGCGUGGGCCGGGCGCGUCGUCUCCCCAGGUCGGCCCUGCAGCGGCGCCCACACUCUGUGUAGCAUCCCUGUCCCCGGCCCCUGCCCAGUCGUCCCGCCGCCGGAGCGGUGACCGCCUGGCCCAACGUUCCUUCGCUGCCACCGCUGCCGGCACCAUGGGCAGUGAGCAGAGCUCCGAGGUCGAGAGCCGACCCAACGAUCUGAACUCCUCAGUGACACCUUCUCCAGCAAAGCAUAGAGCCAAGAUGGACGAUAUUGUGGUUGUAGCUCCAGGCUCCCAGCCCUCACGGAAUGUCAGCAACGAUCCCGAUGUCAUCAAGUUGCAAGAGAUUCCAACCUUCCAGCCGCUUUUGAAAGGGCUAUUGAGUGGCCAGACUUCCCCAACGAAUACCAAAUUGGAGAAAUUGGAUUCCCAGCAGGUGUUACAGCUCUGCCUCCGAUAUCAGGACCAUCUUCAUCAGUGUGCGGAGGCCGUUGCCUUCGAUCAGAAUGCUUUGGUUAAACGAAUCAAAGAGAUGGAUUUGUCCGUAGAAACUCUCUUCAGCUUCAUGCAGGAGCGCCAGAAGAGAUACGCCAAGUACGCGGAGCAGAUCCAGAAGGUCAACGAGAUGUCGGCCAUCCUCCGCCGCAUCCAGAUGGGCAUCGACCAGACCGUGCCGCUGAUGGAGCGGCUCAACAGCAUGCUGCCCGAGGGCGAGAGGCUGGAGCCCUUCAGCAUGAAGCCGGAGCGGGAGCUCAAGCUCUAGAGCGGCCUCCGCCCUCGGCCGGGCUCUCGUCCUGUGGGGACCGGCCUGGCGCCGCCCGUACCCCGAGGACCUUCGGAACCGAAGCCCCAGGCGGUGGCUGGAUCUGGAAGCCGGUGGGAGGCUCUGGGACUCCCUGCGGGCGUGUGAAGCGGUCGGGCCGGCCUGCGAACGUGCCGCUGCCCCCCUUCCCCUCUCCGUGAUGCUUGUCCCCUUUGCAAAACGAACCAAACGAACUCUCUCGGUGCUAACCGGAAGUUGGAGCGUUUGAAUUAUUAGGAAUUUGUUACAGAACUCUGUGUUGGGAAUUCCCUUUAUUUUGUUUAGAUUUUUUUGUUUUAAUUGAGAGUGUAUAUUGUCAAGUCUAGCUUGCAGAGUGAAAAUAUGGAGAGAAGGGGAGAACUAAUUUAAGAAGCUCUCUGUCCUCAAUGCCUUCAUGAAAUUUUACUCAGUGGGCUUUCCGGGUUAUGAAUUGUAAACAUAAAUAACUAAUUUAAUCCAA